GACGCAUUCUUGCCUACAUUGAGAAUUAUACACUAAAAGCAGAAAUCUUCAAUUUCACAAGGGGCGGGUCGUAGUUUUGACUCUGGGUAACCUCGAGGAAGACGGGCAAGGGCAGUUCACAGCGGCGGAUAGUGACAAUUUACAAGGACGUCUUCACGCGUUUUAGAAGAGGGACUCACCACAAUGGCGAGUACGGAGUUUAAGUUCUCGUUCCCGCACUGGGUAGACGGUGAGGCAGAUACCUUUUCUGACCGUGAAUUGAAUCGGGAAAUUGAAAACUGUUGUUGGAAAGAUGAUCAAUGGGGCCAUUGGACUCUAUCGUGCGAGCGAUGGAGUCUCGCUCCUUCGCGGAAAGUCACGGACGAAGUUUUGCAGUACAUUUUGAAGUACAUCUUCGUGAAAAAAUUGCGGGUAUGCAAGCGCUAUCCGCGAACAUUUUCCGAAUUUGAAGACUUACGCCGCCAGAGCCAUUUUUUCGGCACCCACGUUUCGGAGCACUGCUGGCCC